UUUGACUCAAAUAUUUUUAAGAAGAUGAAGGAAAUUCUUAUAAAAACCUUUUGGAAAAUUAGCUACACACCAACCUUUUUGAUUGAAGGCAGGAUAAGAAGACAAGCGAAGCUACAUAGCCAGAAAUUUUUCAUAACAAAAUAAGUAAACAAAGUGACAAACCGCUGUACAAUUCAAAACGUCAAAAAAUAUUCCAGUUGUCAUUCUGAAAUUCUCACUCAUUCCAAGAACCUGUCAAAUUCCACCUUUGAGUUGGAAAUUUGAGUGAUUGGAAAACAAAAAUUUUGUUAUUUUUCUCCCUGCUGAUGACAAAUUCCAGUUCAGAAAACUACGAAGCAAAGUUAAAAAAUAUUUUUGCAAUGUUUAACAAAACACCACCUCCUUAUAUCUAAAUUACAGUUAAAUAAAAAUAAAGUACAACUCUCGCACAACUUAUUACAAACAAAAUUCUCGAAAACAAAACAAUUCAAAGUUUUAUAUAAAUGAUAAAAUGCACUUCCAAUGAGAUUUAGAAAAUUGAAAAUGUUAUCAACAACAAGGCCACUGGUUUGCAUUAUUAUCACCGGAAUUUUGGUCACAACUUGCAUCUGUUAUUGGUUUUUGUAUUCCGAAGUCCGGCUAGAGACAUUCCAUGAUGUUGCGCCAAAGGCCGUUCGAUUAGCUAGCAAUAAUUUAAAUCAAGAUUACGACUAUGACGAGAAUCUGGUGGUUCUGUAUAAUCGUGUGCCGAAAACUGGAUCGACUAGCUUUGUCAAUAUUGCUUACGAUCUAUGCAAAAAGAAUCGAUUCCAUGUCCUGCACAUUAAUGUCACGGCCAAUAUGCAUGUUUUAUCAUUGCCCAAUCAGGUAACAUUUGUGAGAAACGUUACACAGUGGCGAGAAAUGAAACCGGCACUUUAUCAUGGUCAUAUGGCUUUCCUUGACUUCUCCAAAUUCCAAAUAGCACAUAAACCAAUUUACAUAAAUAUAGUUCGUAAGCCUUUAGAUAGAUUAGUUUCAUAUUAUUAUUUUUUGCGAUACGGGGACAAUUAUCGACCGAAUUUAGUCCGUAAAAAGGCUGGCAAUAAAAUGACAUUUGACAAAUGUGUCGAAUCCAAACAACCUGACUGUGAUCCGAAGAAUAUGUGGCUGCAGAUUCCUUUCUUUUGUGGUCAUGCCGCCGAAUGUUGGGAACCUGGCAGUGAAUGGGCUCUAAAUCAGGCUAAACGUAACUUAGUCAAUGAAUAUUUUCUUGUUGGUGUCACAGAACAAAUGGAAGACUUUGUAGAUCUUCUUGAGCGCUCCCUUCCUAGAAUAUUCAAAGGUUUUCGCGAGCACUACCAGCAUUCAAACAAAUCACAUCUUAGACAAACUUCUUGGAAAAUUGCUCCCAGCGAAGAAACCGUUGCCGCAAUAAUGAACUCGAAAAUUUGGCAAAUGGAAAACGAUCUGUACGAGUUUGCUCUAGCACAAUUCCAAUUCAAUAAAAAGAAACUAACAAUUCCAGAUAAAAAUAAUCGCUUGCAAAAGUUUAUGUAUGAAAAGAUUCGACCAAAGUAGAAUAAGUCUGAAAAUGCUUUGUUAAUUUUUUUUUUUUUUUUUUUCAUUGCUGAUUGACGAAUAUUUGUAAAAGUAUCCUUUUUUGUCCGUCCGUGUGGUGUCGUAUUUUAUUUUUUUGUUUAUAAAUUUCUAAUUGGUAUUUAAUUUAAAAUUAUAUUUACAUGUACAACAUCACAUAAUAUUAUGUUGUUUUUUUUUUUUUAAUAUAAUUUAUUAUUAUUUCGUUAUUUAUGUAAACGUAAAUCAAAAGACUUCUUCCCCAAACAACACUCUUACUGAAUUCCAUUUCCAAGAUAAAGACAAAAUUUACAAACAAAAGAAGAAAAAAAAAAAAGAAUACAAGAAUAAUGACAAAUAUCCCGAGUGCUUGACAUGUACUUAUAACUUUAUAUAUAUAAUAAAUAAAUUUAUAAAACAAUAAUUGUAAAUAACAACCUGUAGUGUAGUCAAUUCUCUAUGAAUUAAAUUAAACUAAUAAUAUUUAAGAAAAGACAGAUAUUUUGUUGUCACAAAUU